GACCGGAAGUGUAACAUAUCCGCCACUCUUCAAACAUGUUCCUGUCUUAUCAGCAGUAUGGAUUGCUCAUGGUGUCUGAACCUGUGUAAAGGACAGUGAAUAACACUUUAUAAAAUAAGAAAUGAAUACACAGCAGUAAACAAGUGGAUGACUCAUUAGCGAGUUACGGUGAAACAUGCUGACUGCCAUCAGAGCUGUGAGAUACUCUCUCAGAUACUUUCGGGGUAUCUCUAAUUCUGCCAUGGACUCAGGGUACCAGCAGGCAAAUGUCAUCAUCCUGCCCAGUCAUCUGGCCAAUGACUUUGAAGCAUUCUGUCGCUGUAAUCCCGCCCCCCUGCCACUCCUUCAUCGCAGCCAAUCAGGAGAGACUUCUUGUCUGCCUCUGGCUAAACACACUGACAUAAGGACAGAUAUUUCUCAGUACUGUGUGUAUGAGGAGGGUCAACUGGUGAAAACAGUCUCCAGUCUGCAGAGUUACACCAGUCAAGGAAGGAUUGCAUGGCCGGACAUGGUAUGUUUCUAUCUGGGCUGCAGUUUUGGCUUCGAGGGCAGACUGAAGACAGCUGGAGUCCCUGUUAGGAACGUGGAACAGGGCAGAAACGUCAGCAUGUACAGGACUGCAGUUCCCUGUAUUCCUGCUGGAGUGUUCAGCUGCCCUCUAGUGGCCACCAUGCGCCCUGUUCCAGCUGCUAUGCUAGAUGCAGCAGUGAAGGUUACCAAUCUCAACCCACUAGCACAUGGAGCUCCUGUACACAUAGGAGAACCAGCUCUCUUAGGCAUACAGGACCUGUCCAGACCAGACUAUGGGGAGCGAGUAGAGAUGCAGCCUGGUGAUGUCACAGUUUUCUGGGCCUGCGGAGUGACUGCUAUAGAGGCAAUACUCAGCAGCAAGCCUUCUUUGGCAUUCAGUCACUCACCAGGCUGUAUGUUCCUGACUGACAGCCCAGACUCUUCCCCUGUAACCAAACCCAAUCCUGAGCUGACGCCCCUCUGCUUCCUGGUAUCCCACAAUCCCUUGUUUUACAGCUUGGCAUCUCACAGAGCAGUGGCAAGAAUUAGACAGUUGGAAAUAAUUAUUGGAGAGGACCCAGGUCAACGAGGGAUCAGAGCUUUAUCUGUUCAGGAUGAACUUCUGUGUUCUUGUCUGGCACUCUCCCACUCCUCUUCUGUUGCCAUAACAACCGGCUUCCCCACACACUACAUGCACAGCCCUCCUGAUGAGACAGAUGGCCCACCAGGAGCCAUUGCCAUGGCGACCAUGCUGUUGGCUCUAGGGAAACAGGUAACGAUGGUGACAGACAGGAGAGCCGUGGAGAUGAACCAGGCCAUUAUUGAUGAAGCUGUGAAGACAGGUGUGCUUAAAACUGCAAUACCAUUGGUCACCUUUGAAGACCAUGGUCCAGACUCCGCACUGCACUUUCUGUGUCACCACGGAGACCCCAACAGGCCGAGGUAUGACCACCUUGUGGCAAUAGAGCGCAGUGGAAGAGCUGAAGAUGGAAAUUAUUACAACAUGAGAGGAGUGAACAUCAAACAUCUGGUGGAUCCUAUUGAUAACUUGUUUAUUGCUGCCAAGAAUAUACCAGGAAUUACCACUACAGGAAUUGGUGAUGGUGGAAAUGAGUUGGGGAUGGGUAAAGUCAAGGAGAAGGUGAAGAGCUUGAUGCCCAAUGGGAGUCUCAUAGCCUGUGAUAUUCCUGCUGAUAAUGCUGUCACUGCUGGUAUGGAUUUAAAUGGACUUGGACUUGGGUGUCUAAACUGGGGAGGAUAUGCUGUGGCCUGUGCACUCUACCUGCUCCACACCUGCCCUUCACAUCAGCGGUACCUAAGGAAAGGACUAGGAGUGGAACACAUUCCCCCCCAAGAACAGCUGCAGGACUGGACUGCUAACCUGCCCUCUGUGGACAAGGAGGAGUCCUUCCUUUCCACUCUGGUGCGUUUUGGGAUUCGAAGUGGGAAAACUGGUAACCUGGCCAUGGAGGUGGAUGGUUUGACCUUUCACCCACACACUCUGAUAAUCACCAGAUUACUGGAGGUCACACUAAGCUCCACCUCUCAAAACCUUAACCAGUUCCUCCUGUGUAUUCUCAGCAGUAUCAUAGAGGAGGCACAGUCCAAAAAGUCAAUUAUCUAUAUGUGUAUUUGA